AUGGACAGGUGCCACGGCCGAGAAGAGGUCCCUUCUGACGACCGUGAUUUAUUAGGUACAAACACUGUGAAGACUUUGUUUGAAAACUGGGAUGCUGGGACUGUCCUGGCAGAAGUAAAAGCCAGGAAAUUCAUAGUGCAACUGGUCAAAAGCAUCAAUGCUCAAGCUGGGGAAGUAGUUGGUGAGCCUUCGAAUUCUGCUCUUAAGCCUGUUUUCGCUGGGCUAUCUGCUAACCCUUUCUUCUUUUGUGUAGUUACAUCUGUUAUCGCUGUUGGGGAUCUGGAGCUUCCUUUUGGCGAAGAAGCUGAGAAAGAAGAGCCUGCAGCAGUUCCUACUGAGACCAUAGGAACUUAUGAAGAGCUGCGAGAGGCUUUUGAGGCCGUGGAACAAGAGAAGGAGGUUUCAAAAGGAGAGAAAGAAAAGACAAAAGAUGGAGAAGAAGAAGAAGAGAUUCUUGCUGAAAUAAUAGUAGAACACUUUGCUGCUAUUCCAGCACCUGAGGUGGAGAAGGACAGAACUACUGGGACUUUGGCUGUGGUGACCAGCCCUCUCAAGCCACCCAUUGUGGCUAUAAGUGUUAAUAUGCCUAUCCACUCCAUUCCUAGCUCACCAGCUACUGCCUCAUUUGCUGACCCAGAGUUGGCAGAUUUUGAAGCCAUAGACCUGGAUGCUCAACUGGACAGAUUAGAGCAGCUCAGCUCUAUUCCAAGCAAGGCCAAGUCUAAAGCAGUGGAUGAGGCGGUGAACAGAAAUGUGGCUCCUAGGCCCAUUCUUGAGAUCAGCCUUGGCUUCGCAAGAGACGUGCUCAAUCUCCACAAUCGCUAUGAAGAUCUCAAACCCUCAUUCAAUGCUUCUGAAUUAUGCAAAGCUACCCAUGAAGCUAACCUGGCUGACUAUCAGAAGCAGAAGGCAGAAUUGGACAUGAUGGUUGCUGAUUAUAAAGAAUCAAAGAUCGUUGCUGAUAAACUGGAGAAACACAUUGUGGAACUUCAGAAGCAGCUAGCUAGCUUGAGGGAUAAGCAGAACAAGCUAGGAGCUGGUCUGGGCACCAAUACCAAGGCUACUUUUCUUGUGCAGAACAUGGUCCCAGCUUCCAAGCCGACUUUGGAGAUUGCAGAGGCCUCUCUUCAUCAAGGGAUGCUUCUUCAGCAAGAAAUUUCUACCAAGACGGCCGGAUUGCAAAAGACUAUUGGAAAAUUAGGACUUUAA